AUGUCUCGUGCGAUCGUUUUGUUUUAUCAUGAUGUCGUCCUUUACAAAGAUGAUUUCGAGCUAUUAAACGAACAUCAAUGGCUCAACGAUACUUGCAUCGAAUUUUACAUGGAAUAUCUAGAAAAGACAAAAUUAAUACCGCAAAAGAAUGAGGAGGAGGAUCGAUUAACAAUAUUUUUGUUGAGACCUGGUCUUACGUUCUUGAUAUCAAAUAUUCAAGACGCACAGUUCUUGGCAUCUGCUCUUCCUCGAGAAAUCUAUACUGCUGAAAUUAUAUUUAUGCCGAUAAACAAUAACCCAAAUCCCACUCGUGCAGGUGGUGGAACCCAUUGGUCAUUAGUUGUCUAUCUGAGGGCACAACAGCGGUUCUUGCAUUACGAUAGUGUACAAGGAUUUAAUAUUGCUGUUGCUCGUGCAGCUGUAGAAAGAGUCGCAGAUUUACUUGACGUUAAAGAAAUUAGCUUCUUACCAAUGCUCACGCCACAGCAGGAUAAUGGAGCAGAUUGCGGCGUAUUCGUGAUUUCAAUAAUCGAUUAUUUGGUGAAUCGAAUUCUCACAAACUCAACAAAUUUUGACACGGAUCGUGAGAUGCAAAUAUCAUCAACGAAUGAAAUCACUUCACCCGGAGAAAUGCGACUACGACUCCGACAACUUGUUGAACAGUUACGCGGGGAUAGUCAGUCUCUAAGAUGA